UGUCUGCUCCCUCCUUCUCGGCCCGGCUGCCUCCCUCCGCGGCGCUCGCCGACAUGGCCGCAGCUGCGCCGCCGGAGCCCCGGCUGCUGCUCGCCCUGCUGCUGCUGCUGCUGUCGCUGCCGCCGCCUCCGGGCUCGUGCUGUGCCGCCGCCGCCGCGCCCGACCUGGGCCGCCGCUUCGCCGAGCGCAAGCGCUGCGCCGACCUCGAGUGCAGCAUGUUAAUGUGCCGAGGGAAGGCCAUGCAGGAUUUUAAAGGUCCAGACUGUCGCUUUGUAAAUUUUAAGAAGGGAGAAGCAGUGUAUGUGUAUUAUAAACUAAUAGGAGAAUCCACUGAGCUUUGGGCUGGAAGCGUUGGAAGUGAUUUUGGAUAUUUUCCAAAGGAUUUACUUGAAAUAAAUCAUAACUAUUCCAAUGAGGAGCUAGAAUUACCAACAGAUGAAACAGACUUUGUUUGCUUUGAUGGAGGAAGGGAUGACUUUGAUAAUUAUAAUGUGGAUGAACUUCUGAAGUCAUUGCAAGAGACAGUAGCAAAUGAAGGGGAAACUGAUCCAGGGACAAAACCAGCUGAAGGAAUUGAGAAGGAUAAGGAGGUUGAACAGACUGAUAGAGGAAAGUCCUUUGGUGCUUUGGAGACAGACAAUCUUGAGCAAAGCGCUGAAGAAGAAAAGGAAAAACUUGUCUUGUCAGACAAAGUUGACAAUUCUCUUACAGAAGGAACUGAAAAUACUGGGGGAGACUCCAGUGUCAAUAGUCACAAAGAAGGCUCUCGGGGAGAUCAAAUUGCACAUGAGCACUUGAAAGGAAUGCUACAUGGAAAACUAAAAGGGCUAGAAAGUGAAAAUACCAAAAACACUAGUAUUCCUCAGGGUGAAACCAGCCAACUUGACCAAGAGAAUGAAGUCAAUGCCUAUACACUUUUAAACAGAGAACUCUCUGUGAACUUAAAAACAAAAUUUGGCUCAACUGCUGAUGCUGUUGUAUCAGAUGAUGAAGUGACUCGCCUUGUUACUUCACUGGAAGAUGAUUUAAAUGAAGAUUUGAGCAUUAAUCCUCACAAUGAAGAGGAGGAGCCAGAGUUUGCAGAUCAAUCUGCAGAAAUCCCUUUGCUGUCUUUUACAGCAGAAGAUGAAAUUACAUCCCCUGUGGAUUUAGAAGAUGAUGGAAAUGAUGACGUUAAGUCACAAAAUCAUGAACCCGAUAAAGAUGCAAAGGGUGCUACAAAGCUAAAUAACCAAAGAGACAAUGGAGAGGAACGUGAUUCAGAUGCAUUAGGUCUUAAGGAUGCCUUCAGUAAGAGCAGGAACUCUGGUGACAGUGUAAGUGUAGACAGGUUUGAAUCUGAACAAACAGAAGAGAAACAGGAGGAGGUGGUGCUAAUUAGUAAAAGAGAAGCACCAGCAACAACUCAACCUGAGGAUCUCUCCAAAGAACUCCUUGGAAAGGAACCUGUGGGUACAGGUGAUCUGGGUUUAAAAGAAAAAGCCAACAGAACUGAACAGUUGGAGGAGCAGAUAACUGAUGGAACAGAGUCACAUUCUGCAGCACUGAAAGGUACAGCAGUGCCUGAUCCUCCUUUGCCUAGUCCAGACAGUGCUCUGGAGUCCAAAUCAUUACUUAAAAACAAGGAAGAUGCUUCAGUACCAUCUGAUGAUGAUAUCAUCAAAAGUCCUGAAAGAGUUCCACUUGCUCCAAUAGAGAAAAGUGAGAAACAGUUUGAGGAUGAUACCUCGGAGGAGUCCUUGGAAAGUGAUUUAAAGCACAAAAGACCAUGGGAGAAAACAAUGGAGAAGGGAGAAGCUGAGAACAAACCUCCAGUUAAUGUUCUAGCCAAACUAGUGGAAGAAGUAAAAAAUGCAUCUCAAGGUGACCUAGGAGAUAUUGACCUUUUGAGACAGAAAGUGGAGCGUGGAAUGCCUGUUGUGGAGAAAGAACUUCUCAAACAUGAAGAUUUAAAACAAGCAGAGAAAACUGAUCAUGAAAAUAAAAAUCCCGCCUCUUCUAACAAAGAACUGGAAAUAAAAAAGAGAAACCUGAAAGAAACCCCUGCAGAGGAAGGAGAGCCAAGCUAUAGUGGAGGUGUUGAGCAACCUAGGCCAUGGGAAAAUGAAACUGAGUAUUCAGAGGCAGAUAUGAAUGAAAAACUUUCAAGAAAUCCUGGCAAGAUGCCAGUGUUUAAAGAAAGCACUGAGAAAAGUUCCCCUGAAGAAAAAUUAAAAAGCAUCACACAGAACACUAAUACAGAUAAUCUUACUCAUCAAGGAACUGCUCAUCCUGAGGAUGUGGGAUCAGACAGAAAUCUUGGCAAAGACUUGGCUAAAGAAACAACACAAAGAGCAGAAUUGCAAUCUGAAGAGCCAGAUGCUGAAGAUGACCCUGACCUGAAAGAAGCGGAUGAUGGGCUACUGGAAGAUGAGAAUGCAGCAAGUGCAAAGUUGUCACAAGCAAGGGCUGCAAAUGCCCAGGGUAAUACACUAGGUGGUGAAAAUACAAAUCCUGAAUUAGAAGGACUCAGUAAAGCUGUUUCAGGAACCCCAAAUCCUACUUACAAAACAGAAGAGGAAACAAACUCAUUUCCUAAGGAGGAUAAAACAAUCAGCAUGCAAAAUGCAAGCGAGAUUGGGAACAAAGUAGUUGACGUAUCAGUGAGAAAAGAUGCUGAAUUGGACGAGAUGCAACAUGUCACAGAAGCUGAUGAGGAGUCUUCUGAACAUGAGGAACCAUCAGCUGUGGAAGAACAUAAUUUCCAAUCUCCUCACACAGAAGACAGCAAUGACUUUGACCAAAGGAAAGAUCAUCUCCUAGAGGGCAUUUCACAGAGAGACUCAAAAGAGGUGCAAAAUUUAGAGCAAACAAGAAAUGACCACCAGCAAUCUGCAUAUGUCCCCAGCCCUGCAGACAGCUCAGAAGCCACCAGUGACAUGGUAACAGACUUCAGUGAGUCUGUGCAGCGGCUCUCAAUAAUGAAAGAGUUCCUGGAUGAAAAGCACGUGAUGCGCCUACAGAAGUACCUUGGGCUCCAACAUGUGCUUAGGGUUGAAGCCAUGUUCCACGACAUGAAGGUGGAGAUGGAGCUUGCUCGGAAGGCGAGCCAGAAUAAUGAAGAUAUAGAGAAAGCUCUGGAUGAGAUACUGGAGUUUUCAGAAUCGAGUAUUAUGGAUGUUGUAGGAAAAGUUCUGGAUUCCAGGGUGGCAGAAAAUAAGGAGGAGGUUGUGAGGGAGAUGGAUUUGUAUGAUGAGGAAAGUGCACUGAUGGAUGAUAUCCAAGAGUUAAUAUAUUCAUUAAGAAGUAAAUAUUCAUCUGCUGGUGAGAGUGUCCUACUUGCUUCUCCUCCAGAACAGGGAGAUGACCAGCUGCACAUUCAAGAUGGUGCAAAAGAGGCUGAAUAUGACAGUGUUUCUGGAAUACCAUAUGGCAGAAACCCGAAUUCCAUUGAUGAGGGCAAUCGGGAAUUUCAGCAGCUCAUUGAAGAUAAGAGGCCAGAGCAGCCUAUAGAGGAGGGGGAGAAGAGGGCUGUCAAUGUUCCACCUGAGCAUGAAGAGGUCAACUACUCAGAUAAUGGAGAAGCUGAAGAAAGGUAUGAUAGUGGAAGAGGAUCACUCCUGGAAGAUACUUCCUUUGCGUCAGUUGAUUCAGGAGAGAGUGCCAGCAAACACAUUGCUGAAGGUGCCGGUGCGGGCGCCGCCUGGCGGGGGGCCCUGGGCGAGGCGCGGGAGCUGCUGCGGCGGCCGCCAUGGAUACCGCGGGCGGCAGUGGGUGGCCGGUGGAGGAGCCCUCGGGGCGGCGGAAGCUGUUGCAGGUUAGGGCAGGGAAACGGCGGCGGGCGGAGGGCUGGCCGUGAGGAGCGGCGGAGGAGUUUCAGCGGCCCGACCCGGGCAGUGACACACCUCCCCCAAGCGAGGCUGGUCUCUGAGGGGGUCACCCCGGCGUACCCCGCCGUGAGGGCGGCUGGCAUUCCGUGCCUCCGGCCCGUAAUGUGGGGCAAUCCGGGGGAGGCUCCCGCUGGCAUCAGGGAUCGCUGCCUGUCUCUUCCGGAUGGCGGGGAGAGCUCGUCCCCCGGCCAGGCUCUGCAGGGGCAAGUGUGCGCCCUCCUUUCUGUCCCCCUUCGUCUGCCGGCUGUGGAGAAGUUGGUUGCCACGCUGCCUGAGGAAAUGCGUCCUGGGCCUGAUUUUCAUGGACUUCCAUGGGAGCCUGUUAUUAUAACUGCCUUAGUAGGAAUUGUCACACUUGCUAUAUUUUUCUGGAGAACCUGCCUUUCAGUAAAGAGUAGAAUGUAUCAAGUGACUGAAAAACAACUUGCUGAAAAGAUUAAAAACCUUCUGCAAGAAAAAACAGAAAUCCUAGAAAAGUUGUCAGAAUAUGAUCAAAAGAUAAAAGAAGCAAAGGAAUCUGUGAAAGUGACCCAAGAACAAAAAGACAUUCUCUCAGAUGAAACUGCAGGACUUAAGGGCACUGUAAAAGAAUUGGAAGAAGCAAAUCAGCAGCUGGAUAACAAAGUGAAAAAUCUGCACACCAUGCUUGAAACAGAGAGAAAAAAGAAUGAGAAGAAACAGAAAAAGCUCUCUGAAACCCAGAAGUCCUUGGAGAAGCUUGAGGAAGCUAUCACUAUGCAUUCUGCAGAGCUUUCAGAGGUGCAGAUAGCCCUUAAUGAAGCGAAACUGAGUGAAGAAAAGGUGAAAUCUGAGCUUCAUCAUGUGCAGGAAGAGAAUGCUAGACUGAAAAAGAGCAAGGAGCAGCUGCUAAAAGAAGCUGAAGGUUGGAGUGAGAGGCAUUCUGAGCUCCAUGAGCAGAUUCAACUGUAUCAGAAAUCUCAGAAGGACAUAGAAGAGACACUUGCCUACAAAGAAAAUGAAAUUGAAGUUUUAACCAAUUGCAUUAUGCAGUUGAAGCAUCUGGACAUGGAUUCAGAGGGCAAGAAGGAUGACAGAGGGCCUGAGUGGAGCCCAGAGGAUGAUCUGGCCAAUGGAGAGUUGCCAGAUAUUGAAAGUGAGAAGAUGAGGACUCAGAUUAAGCAGAUGAUGGAUGUCUCCAGGGUCAAAACAAUGUUGUCCAUAGUUGAAGAAGACAGAAAUCUUCUGCAAUGCAAACUGAAUGAUGAAGUAACAGCAAGACAUGAGCUGGAAGAGAAGAUAAAAACAUUGGAACAUGAUUCCUGUUCACUGCAGUCAGCCAAAACUCAACUGGAAAAUGAAUGCAAAACUCUUCAGCAGAAAGUGGAGAUACUUGGUGAACUGUACCAGCAGAAGGAGAUGGCACUCCAGAAAAAACUAACCCAGGAAGAGUACGAGCGUCAGGAGAAGGAGCAGAAAUUGUGUGCUGCAGAUGAAAAAGCCAUGCUGGCCAUCGAGGAAGUGAAAGUUUACAAGCAAAGGAUCCAAGAUAUGGAAGAAGAAUUGCAAAAAACAGAGCGAUCUUACAAAAACCAGAUUGCUGCUCAUGAGAAAAAGGCACAUGACAACUGGCUCAUUGCCCGCUCUGCUGAGAGAGCUCUGGCUGAAGAGAAAAGAGAAGCAGCCAACCUGAGACAGAAAUUAAUAGAGGUAAACCAAAAAAUCAUCAUGCUUCAAAGACCAGUCAUUGUAAAGCCAACUCCAGGCAGGCCUGACCACCAGAUCCCACCGCGACGAGGGCCCUUAAGCAGAGAUGGCUCUUCUGGCCCAUCACCUGUGAGUGGGGGAAAUCCAUCCCCCACACAGAUGAAUGAUGUCCCUGCCCGGCCCCUCUCUGCUCCUCGAAGGGAAGGUGCACGGGGUGAAUUUGGUGCAAUGGUGGAUGGCCUCCCUUCCCCACGAAGGCCUCCAGAUCUGCCUGGAAGGAUGUCUGUUCCUGAUAUUGGGCCUGCUAUGGCAUCCCUAAUCAGAAGUGAGCCAAGAACCUCCUCCCCUUCCACAGGAAUUGAUGGAGUGGGUAACGCUGGUGCCAAAGGCCCCUCUCCUUUCCCUGGGACACCUCUGAUGAACUCCCCAGUGAUGGGGCCUCCGCCACCACCACCCAUUCGCUACGGACCGCCAGGACCGCCACCUCCUCCUCUGCGGGGGCACUUCGGGCCUCGGCCUCUCCCUGGGCACCCAGGUUGUGGUCCUCCCUUGCUACCUCCAGCUGGAAGAGAUUUCUUACCUAGUCCACGUUUGCCUCCUGGCCCACUCCCUCCUCCCCCUGAUCCCAGAGGCUACACACAUGGGCAUCUUCCCUUCCGCCCCCUUGCCCCUCCUGGCCCCAGGGAUUAUCCUCCAGACCCCCGGCUACCCCUGCAGGCUUCCAGGGACUAUGCUCCUUCUCCCAACAGAGACUUGCCUCCACCGGUGCCCAGGGACUGAGACCAGCUGGCCCCAAGGACUACGCACAUCCCCAGAGCAGGAUCCCUACCUGCAGCGCCCAGCCAGCCCUACGGACCCGGCUCCUGUGUGCACAACUCUAGGAAAUGGCUCUUGAUUUGAAGACACUGGUCUCAUUUCAGUAUAUCUCAGCUUUUGCAGGAUUAAUUUUUAUCCAGUUGCUACAGGUGUCUUAUGUGCAUUUAUGAUCACAAAUUCAUCCAUCCACUUGGGUUGCAAGAACCUUUCUGUGAUGGACUUGAACCUAUUCUAAAAGUGCAAUAGGAAGGAAGUACCUGUUAGGAGAGUUUUAAUUCAAUGUAGCCUUUGUAAGCAGUUGGCGAAUGAACUAAUUUCGUUAAAAAUGUAUAUCAAAUCAUUUCCUGUGGAAAUAAUUUUUAAGUAAAAUGCUAUCCAACCUGC